CUAAUUACAUCAACUUUUUAUGGACAGUUUAUUUAUGUAUUUUUUUAUUUUAUUUACAGUGAACUUAUUGGAUUCACGGUCUGUGAUGGGUGAUCUUGGAUGGAUAGCAUAUCCAAAAAAUGGGUGGGAAGAAAUUGGUGAGGUUGAUGAGAACUAUGCUCCAAUACAUACAUAUCAAGUUUGUAAAGUGAUGGAACAGAAUCAAAACAAUUGGCUCUUGACUAGUUGGAUAUCCAAUGAAGGGGCUUCAAGAAUCUUUAUUGAGCUCAAAUUUACACUACGGGAUUGCAACAGUCUUCCAGGGGGACUUGGUACUUGUAAAGAAACGUUUAAUGUAUAUUAUUUUGAGUCAAGUGAAGAAGAUAGUAGGAACAUUAGAGAAAACCAGUACAUCAAGAUCGAUACUAUUGCAGCUGAUGAAAGCUUUACCGAGCUGGACUUGGGAGACAGGGUGAUGAAGCUAAACACUGAGAUCAGAGAUGUAGGACCACUGACCAAGAAAGGUUUUUACCUUGCCUUCCAAGAUGUGGGCGCUUGUAUUGCUCUGGUUUCUGUCCGUGUUUACUACAAGAAGUGUCCAUCAGUGGUACGUAAUUUAGCACUUUUCCAAGACACAAUCACUGGAGCAGAUUCAUCACAACUUUUGGAAGUAUCAGGAACAUGUGUCAACAAUUCCGUGACUGAAGAGGCUCCCAAAAUGCACUGUAGUGCAGAAGGGGAAUGGCUUGUACCAAUAGGAAAGUGUAUGUGUCAAGAAGGAUAUGAAGAAAAGAACAAUACUUGUCAAGCAUGUCGUCCAGGAUUUUUCAAGUCUUCCCCUCAGAGUCAGUGGUGCAGCAAGUGUCCACCCCACAGUUAUGCUCAUCAAGAAGCAUCAACGUCUUGUGUCUGUGAGGAUCGCUACUAUAGGAGGGAGUCUGACCCAUAUACAAUGGCUUGUACAAGGCCACCAUCAGCUCCACGCAAUGCUAUAUCCAACAUUAAUGAAACAAGUGUGUUCUUGGAAUGGAUGUUCCCUACCGACACGGGUGGAAGGAAAGACGUCUAUUACAAUAUUGUAUGCAAGAAGUGUAACUCCAUUUCCAGUGUAUGUGAGGAAUGUGGAAUACAUGUCGGCUAUGUACCUCAGCAAAGCGGCCUGAGAAACACGACUGUAAUGGUAAUAGAUCUGCAGGCACACACAAAUUACACCUUUGAAAUUGAGGCUGAGAACGGCGUGUCUGAGCUGAGCCCAGGAUCUAGGCAGCAUGUCUCUGUAAAUGUCACCACCAACCAGGCUGCCCCAUCUCCAGUCACUCAUGUGAAGAAGGGAAAAAUCGCCAAAAAUAGCAUUUCCUUGUCUUGGCAGGAACCAGAGCGACCCAACGGUAUCAUCCUGGAAUAUGAGAUCAAAUACUUUGAAAAGGACCAAGAAACCAGCUACACAAUUAUCAAGUCUAAGGAGAUAGAAAUCACGGCCGAGGGACUGAAGCCUGCGUCAUCCUAUAUAUUCCAGAUCCGAGCACGCACGGCCGCAGGGUAUGGCGCCUACAGUCGCAGAUUUGAGUUUGAAACCAGCCCAGUGUCAUUUGCUGCAACCGGUGAUCAGAGCCAGAUUCCUAUAAUAGCUGUGUCUAUCACGGUGGGGGUUAUUCUGCUUGCUGGAGUUGUCGGUUUUCUUCUCAGUGGAAGGCGAUGUGGCUAUAGUAAAGCUAAGCAGGACCCAGAAGAGGAAAAGAUGCAUUUUCAUAAUGGGCACAUUUUCUGUUCCUCGACAGUUAAACUGCCAGGAAUAAAGACAUACAUUGAUCCUCAUACCUACGAAGACCCAAGCCAGGCAGUGCAUGAAUUUGCCAAGGAAAUAGAUGCUUCCUGUAUAACUAUUGAGCGAGUUAUUGGAGCAGGUGAAUUUGGGGAAGUUUGCAGCGGCCGAAUUAGGCUACCUGGAAAGAGAGAGUUUCCUGUGGCAAUCAAGACUCUUAAAGCUGGAUACACCGAAAAGCAAAGAAGAGAUUUCUUGGGAGAAGCAAGUAUAAUGGGACAGUUUGAUCACCCAAAUAUCAUUCACUUGGAAGGAGUAGUCACGAAAAGCAAACCAGUGAUGAUUGUCACAGAAUACAUGGAAAAUGGCUCUUUGGAUACUUUUCUAAAGAAAAAUGAUGGCCAGUUCACUGUGAUUCAGUUGGUGGGUAUGCUGAGAGGCAUUGCAUCUGGAAUGAAGUACCUUUCAGACAUGGGCUAUGUGCACAGAGACCUGGCAGCAAGAAACAUCCUCAUUAACAGCAAUCUGGUGUGCAAGGUUUCAGAUUUUGGCCUUUCUAGGGUUCUUGAAGAUGAUCCUGAAGCUGCAUACACAACAAGGGGAGGAAAAAUACCCAUACGGUGGACAGCCCCUGAAGCAAUUGCUUUCCGUAAGUUCACCUCUGCCAGUGAUGUCUGGAGCUAUGGAAUAGUGAUGUGGGAAGUCAUCUCAUAUGGUGAAAGACCCUACUGGGAGAUGACAAAUCAAGAUGUAAUUAAAGCUGUUGAGGAAGGUUAUCGGUUGCCAAGUCCCAUGGAUUGCCCGGCUGCUCUUUAUCAGCUCAUGCUGGAUUGCUGGCAGAAGGAACGGAACAGCAGGCCCAAGUUUGAAGAGAUUGUCAGCAUGUUGGACAAGUUGAUCCGUAACCCAAGUAGCUUGAAGUCGCUUGUUAAUUCAUCUAACAGGGUAUCAAAUUUACUGGUAGAACAUAAUCCAGCAGGUAAUGCUGUGUAUAGAUCUGUACAUGAGUGGCUUGAAGGCAUCAAGAUGGGCAGAUACACAGAUACAUUUAUGGAGAAUGGAUACACUUCAAUGGAUGCAGUGACCCAGGUGACUUUGGAUGAUCUGAAGAGGUUUGGAGUGACUUUGGCUGGUCAUCAGAAGAAGAUAAUGAAUAGCAUCCAGGAAAUGAGAGCCCAGUUAUUGAAUGGAAUGGUGCCGUUGUAAUUGUACCAUUCUGCAUCCAAGCAAGCCUGCACUUUGUAACCUGUCCAGAGAUUUAUAGGCAUAGAAAAAAUGAAAAAGGAAAAAGGGAAGUAUAACGCUAUAGAAAAACUGAAAGUGACACAAUGAACAUACAACUGAUAAUUCAAAAAAAAAAAAAAAAAACAGUAUUUGACUCAAACUUCCAUUUAUUUUUUAUUCUGUCCGUGUCAUCAUUCUUCAUGAGUAAUUGCUACAUGCAUGGGACCCAGAACUGGAUGUAGAGGCCUAACGUGAGGUUAGCCAGUUAUUUGGCUAUUGUUACAAAGGACUUCCCUUGAUGCUUUGUACAGGAAUUGUAUAUAGCAUCUUCAUAGUGCUUUUAUUGUAGCAGCACGCUAAAUACUUCCAAGGACUUACUUGAAUGGAUCAUUUUAAAAAAAAAGUUUUUGUAGCCAUGUUUGGCCUAGGGGGGGAAAAGCUGCAGUUUUCUGACGUUUACUAAGUCUCAAUUGUCUACAAAAGUGUAUUGAAGAGCAAUAUGUUUAGAUUUUCUUCAUAGUUAUCUUUUUUUGUAAAUUAAAAAAAAAUGCUGUUACACAGCAUUAUGGUAUGGAAGUGUAUGUAUAAACAAGUUGCUUGAUCAGUUGCAAAUACAAUAUAUUUAUUUUUUGUUUUUGUGUUCUGAGUUUCCCAAUUUGUUUGCUCUCUACUGAGUUAAUGCAUUAAAUGAUAACUAGGA